AUGCAGCCUGAGUCUUUGGAUACCACAACACAGCCAAAGGGUCCUCUGAAUUGGGGAGAAAUCAAUUUCAUUCACACAAGUGAUUCCCACGGGUGGCUAGAAGGGCAUAUCAAAGAGCGCAAUUACGGUGCCGACUGGGGCGACUUCGUGUCCUUUGUGAAGCAUAUGCAAGAUAAAGCCGCAAACAAAAGCGUGGAUCUCCUGCUCAUUGAUACUGGCGAUUUGCAUGAUGGAAAUGGUCUCAGCGAUGCUACGGACCCCAACGGCAAGGUCACAAAUCCUAUCUUCGAAAAUAUUGACUACGACAUCCUCACUCCUGGAAAUCACGAGUUAGGUGCAGUAGACGUCGCAUACGAAACUUUCACCAAGUUCGUGAAAGUGUAUGGUGACAAGUACUUGACCAGCAACGUUGAUAUCUGCAAAAACUGCCAGAAUGGCGAACCAGACGAAAAGGAAUGGGUGUCUAUGGGGAGCAGAUCCCGAUAUUUCAAGACCAAGCAAGGCCUGAAUAUCAUGGCGUUUGGUGUCAUCCUCGAUGCAACCAACAAUAACAAAGACAUGACAAGAAUCCAGCCUGCUGCCGAAAUGAUACAGGAAGACUGGUUCAAAGAUGCCGUCAAUCGCCAGGACAUUGAUCUUUUUGUGCUCAUUGGACAUAACCCAGUCAAGCCUGGAAUUCCUAAGAGCGAAAGCAGCUUCCCACUUCUGAUGGAAACACUCAGAAAAAUGCGGCCUGAGAUUCCUGUGCAGGGAUUCGGGGGUCAUACACACCGUCGAGACUUUCACAUCUACGACCCCAUGUCCUCGGCAAUAGAAUCUGGCAAAUACUGCGAUACCGUGGGCUGGAUCUCAUUGGAUGGCAUCAAGUCUCAAUCGGUCCAAAAAACUCCAGCAAGCCCUGAAACAGAAAAUGUGUUGGUCAAUAAGAGAGAAGUUGCGGAAUCGACCGAUUCGUCUUGCACCAAGACCAAAGCUUUCGAUAUGAAACUAACUCGUCGGUAUCUGGAUUGGAACCGCAUCACUUUUGCCUACCAUGCUACUGGAUCCCAACAUAUAUCGGACACCACUCACGGACAAGAAGUGACAAAAAGCAUCACCGACGGUCGCCAAAGUCUCAAUCUGACCUUUGUGUAUGGGUGCGCGCCACAAACGUACUGUAUAUCAUGCAAGCCAUUCGGUGACCCGGGCAAUAUCUACACCUUGGUGCAAAGUGCUGCUGCCGCGACUGUGGUUGACCCAGAUCGUUCCACGAAGUCGAGGAUGAUCAUUAUCAAUCAAGGCGCUAUCCGCUAUGACCUAGUUCAGGGCCCAUUCACCGUAGAUGAUUCCUAUAUCGUCUGCCCGUACACCAGCACCUUCAGAUAUUUCCCCGACGUUCCUUACUCGCUGGCCUCGAAAGUCCUCGAUUAUCUGAACAAACCGACAUCCACCAAAAGAUCCAUGGCUGUGGAUACCAUUUCCAGUCAGAUGCUUGGUUACGAUGAGUGCGAUAAUCCCUCGCCUCACAGUGGGAUUGAUCUCCUCCAGCCAAAAUCUCUCUUUCGUCGUGUACUUGAUGCGGGAGACCCAACUCCGGGAUAUACGACAUGCGACGACCUUGGUGAUGAUGGCGAUGACACUCCGCACUCUGAAAUUCCGGAGUACACUCAGCCAGCUCAUGUUCAAGCUACCGCCGCGUUCCCGGUAGAUGGUCUACCGGAUACGGUGGACUUGAUUUUCUCGGAUUUCCUUGGUGGGAGGAUCGCUGUGGCGUUGAAUGCUGAACAUCCCUCUAAAAACUACACGACGAACGAUACUCGUCUUUAUACCCCGGAGGAUUUCACCACGAAUAGUUUCAUUCCCGCUUAUGCCUCAAUGACCUGGCAAGACAACAUCAACAACUGUCCGAUUGGAUGA